AUGGAAAGUGGAGAACUUGUAAAAAGACUUUCCUUAUUAGAAGACACUAAGAAUUCAUUUCUAGCAAGUAUUCAACACGCAAAAUUAAACGGUUGGAUUAACGACGACGACUCAACAGGCGACGACAAUAUUGAAGUUGGUGAAAAACUAACUCCGGUUGACAUGGUCAAUGCUGAAGAAAAAAUAAUCGAACGACAAAGUCUUUCGACUUUAGAGUUUCGAAUUCAUCAUUUAGAAAAAUCAAUUUUCGGACCUGACUCGGUUUCCUAUGAAGCAUUAGCUUAUGAAAAGUUGAAAGAGCAAGUAACUUUACUUAAACGAGUUGAUGAAAUUAAGAAAGAAUUUAAUUCAAUCCUUCGUGAUGAAACUGAUGGAUUGAAAUCGUAUCUCGAGAUUUACGACCAGGUGUCAGACCUCGUGUCCCCUUUUAAAGAUUCCGCACUUUCACUAGAAAGAGCUAUACUUACACCUGAAUCUAAAGCAGAAAUUAUUUCUUCUUCUUCAGAAGAAUUGGAAAAGGUGGCCGAAAGUUUGAAACAAAUUGAUGAAUUGCAAGGAAUAAUUGACUCGACAGAAUUCAAAGGUCUUGAUAAACUUCUUCCUCAAGUUACACCCAUUGAAAUUAAACAUAUUGAUCAAGUUGCAAAAACCAAUGAAGUUUCUGCUCGAGUAACAAAUUUAUUAGAGAGAUAUAAUGGAAUUAUCAACACACUCUCAGAAAUUUUUAUUUCUUGGGAUCACAUUCUCACAGCUUUGGAAUCUAAUAUAUCUGCAUUAGAACGUGCAAAAGAAAGAGGUUAA